UUCUUCAAUCGGCCGACAAUUUAUGAACAGAAGAAAGAUCUGAGAAUUAUGAGGCUAUUGGGUUCAUUGAUAAAGUGUUUCUCACCAAAUCUAGCUGCAGAAAGAAUCUCUCACACAAAUCCCAUUGAUGACAAUGAGAAGGAAUUCAGAACUUACUCUUACAAUGAACUGAAGGCUGCCUCCGGUGGAUUUCGAUCAUCUAACAAGGUUGGAGAAGGAGGAUUUGGUUGUGUUUAUAAGGGUUGGUUUGAAGAUGGAAGUUUGUUGGCAAUAAAAGUAGUAGCUGUUGAGAAAGAAUCAAUGAGAGGAGAAAGAGAAUUCGUGGCUGAACUAGCUGCCCUAUCUAAUAUUCGCCAUGAAAAUCUUGUCAAGCUUCUGGGUUGUUGUAUUCAUGGCGCAGAAAGGUUUUUAGUAUAUCAACAUAUGGAAAACAAUAGUCUUUCUCAUACAUUUCUAGGGGGAGAUCAAAAUAGGAAGAAGUUUAGUUGGAAGAGAAGAAGGAAUGUUGUUUAUGGAGUUGCUAAAGCAUUGGCUUAUCUUCAUGAAGAAGUUCAUCCUCAUGUUGUACAUAGAGAUAUCAAAACAAGCAAUAUUCUUCUUGAUCAUGAUUUCAAUCCUAAACUCUCGGAUUUCGGUCUCGCCAAGAUCUUUACCGAUAAUACUUCGCAUAUUAGCACUCGAGUCGCCGGAACAUUGGGUUAUUUAGCUCCAGAAUACGCAAUAAGUGGACAUCUUACAAGAAAAUCAGAUGUUUAUAGUUUUGGAGUUGUGAUACUAGAGGUUGUGAGCGGGCAACCAAUUGUGGACUUUGACAUAGAACAUGGAGAGCAGUAUUUGGUUAACAAAGCGUGGGAGAAAUACAAAGAAGGAAAUGUUGUGGAUCUCGUUGAUCCAAUUCUUGAAGGCGAUUUCUCAAAAGAAGAAGCUGUUCUUUUGUUGAAGGUGGGGUUGCUUUGUGUUCAAGAAACCUCGACUAGAAGGCCUCAGAUGUCGAUUGCGGUUAAAAUGUUGAGGAAUGAUUUCGAUAUGACUAAUGUUGAGAUUCUUCGGCCGGGACUUGUUUCUGAUUUGUCAAAUGUUAAGAUUGGAGGGAAGAAACCGUUUAAUCAUAGCUUGGGUGGCUCUACUAGUGUCAGCUCGGCUAGCCCUGAUUUUUUGUUCUUAUGAUAACACCAUUAAGCCUUCUUCUUCUUUUUCAAUUUCUAGGUUUUUCGGUUUGAUGAUUGUUUACUAUGGCUUUGUAUAUAUUUAGAGAAAGAGAGGCCAUCCGAGAUUGAAUGAAUAAAGAACAAGAAAUUGAAAGA